CCAUCAUCACCAUGAAGGAGCUCUGGACGACCAUGGCCUCUCUAAUGGGUGUUUUAGCCUUCUGUCAAACCCUCCUCCACACCGUCAUCCCACCGGAGCUCCGUUUUGCCUUUCUUAAACUCUUUCAACGCCUCUUCAACUGCUUCUCCUCCUACUGUUAUUACGAAAUCACCGAGAUCGACGGCGUCAACACCAACGAACUCUACAACGCCGUCCAGCUUUAUCUCUCCUCCUCCGCUUCAUCCACCACCACCACUGCCCCCACCUCCAACCGUCUGUCACUUACUCGUGGUCUCAACUCCUCCGCCAUCACCUUCGGCCUUUCAAACAACGACCGACUCUGCGACGUCUUCAACGGCGUUUCCGUCGUCUGGGAACACAUCGUCACUCCCCGACAAUCGCAGACGUUCUCGUGGCGGCCAUUGCCGGAGGAGAAGCGUGGGUUCACGCUCCGGAUCAACAAGAGGGAUAAACCUCACAUCCUCGAAGCUUAUCUCGAUUUCAUCACUGAGAAAGCCAACGAAAUCCGAAGGAAGAAUCAGGAUAGGUUGCUGUACACGAAUUCCCGCGGCGGCUCUCUCGAUUCUCGCGGACAUCCGUGGGAAUCGGUGCCGUUUAAGCAUCCGAGCACAUUUGACACCCUAGCAAUGGAUCCGACCAAAAAGGCAGAGAUAAUGUCCGAUCUCCGAGAUUUCGCCGACGGUCAGUCAUUUUACAAACGAACAGGACGCGCGUGGAAACGUGGCUACCUCUUGUAUGGUCCACCCGGCACCGGCAAGUCAAGCAUGAUCGCUGCAAUGGCGAAUUUCCUUGGGUACGACAUUUACGAYCUCGAAYUWACYGARGUWMASACGAAUUYGGAGCUCCGGAARUUGCUYAUGAARACKAGUUCSAAAUCMAUCAUCGUAAUCGAAGACAUUGACUGUUCCAUAAAUCUGACAAAUCGUAAAAAGACCAACGGCGAAGGAGGUUCAGAAAUGAGAAAUGGGCCCGGCGGACUGGGUGGUCCCGGCGAUCCGGAGAACAGUAACUCUAUUACGCUUUCGGGUUUGUUAAACUUCACAGAUGGGUUAUGGUCGUGUUGCGGGUCGGAGCGGAUAUUCGUUUUCACAACCAAUCACAUUGAGAAGCUUGAUCCGGCAUUGUUACGGAGUGGACGAAUGGAUAUGCACGUCUUCAUGAACUACUGUUCUUUCCCAUCGCUCAAGAUUCUGCUCAAGAAUUACUUGGGGUGUGACGUCGGAACAGAGAUUUUGGAGAAGCUGUCGGCGGUAAUCGAUGACGCGGAGAUGACGCCGGCGGAUAUCAGCGAGGUGUUGAUAAAAAACCGGCGAGAUAACGACAAGGCUUUGAGGGAGGUGUUGGAGGCGUUGAGGAGUAGGGCAGAGAAAAAAAAGUCGGUGAGGAGGCGGCGGCGGUUGGAGGCGGAGGAGGAGGAGAUGGCGGAGGAGGAGGAGAAAAGGGCGUUGGAUAGUCCGAAAGAAGUUGGUGGUGCGGCGACUGGUGGUGGUGGUGGUGGUGGUCAUGAGGUGGAGCUAAAUUACAAGAAAGGUGGGAAAGAGGAUAAUGGGAUUAAUUAAAUUAAUCACCAUUUUUUUGUAAUUUUUUGGGUUUAAUUAAUUAUUAUUACUCCCAUUAAAACAGGGGUUUUGGGACAUGGGAAUUUUGGGUGGGGAUUGGAUAUUGAAAAUUGGAAAAAAAAAAAUCAAAAUACAUGUUUGGUCC